GAGACAGACCAGACGUAUUGUGCGUGAGUGGGACUUAUCGUGAUGUCUCAAAAAAUCGUGUCGUAAAUUUAACAAACUUUCGUAGGACGUGAGGUGAAAAUAUAUUUUUAAAGCGUUGAAAAAGAAAUUAAACACUGGUUAUGAUGGAAGAGUUCAGUGAAAAACACGAUGAAAAAAGUUUUAUUUUCGAUAGUAAAAUGAAAAAUUACUCGGACUCUAUUACCGCUGAAUUUGAUCGAAUGCGUGCCGAAAUGAUGGAGAAAAUGAGAAAAAUGGAAAAUGAACUGCGAAAAGAAGUGACAAAACCGAAAAGCUUCGACGCUUCCACUCAAACGAGCGAGCCAGGACAGGAUAGAAACUCCACUUCAAGCGUACACAGUGCAAAUGCAAAGAAAGAAAUUAGUACCCAGACUCCAGCUGAAAGUGAUGGAGACCAAUACCUUCUGUUUCACAUUGAUUGUAAGUUAAACGCUAUGAAAAAACUAUUUUGUUCCAAAAUGGAUAAAUGGCAGGCGACAUAUGAAAAUACAUUAAACCAACAAGCUGAAGCAGCAAACCAUAACAGAAUAUAUACUCACACACCUAUGCAGGAGAUGCUUCAGAAUAAACGAACAAUGGGAUUGGACACUAGCAUGGCAUCUCCGCAUACCUAUAUAACAACUGGAGGUAAAAUAUUACCUACCCACCCUACUUCAUUGGUAUAUAAAGUGUGCAAAGGUUUUCGUACCCGUGAGAGUCUUGAUCCAAAUGAACAGCAUAUUCGCUAUGAAGCAGAAGGUAGAUCUAUUGGGAGAAAAAACAGAGGUGUGAGUAAAAUUUGUUCAUACUCUCCUGAGAAAAACGUAAGCCUGCCGACGAAAGGACCGGAUUCUGAUACCGAAAUAAGUUCCAAUUUCUACAACAAUAGAAGCCGUGUACGCCAAGGAAAUAACUUAGAAGAAUUUUCGGUGCCGGUAAAGAAUUCUUGCGAUGCUUAUGAGUUUUUUCAAGAUGGUGGGAAUGUUGCUGAAAGUACGUCGCGAUCAAGCUCCGAGGCAGAUCCAAAUGAACAGAUGGCUGAUAAAACCGUUGUAAACAAACCUAUUUUCGAAAAUCCAAGCGAGAAAGCUAUCCAGUGUAAUAGGGAAAGCUUGACGAGAAAUCUCGUUGAGUCUAUGUUUGAGAGACACAUCCUUGCAAGCUCUAAUGUAACUGGCGCACGAGGUAAAUUCAUGCUUGACCCGAUAAAAAUCGCAAAACUUCGCGAGAUAGUUUUCACGCAAUUUCCGGCGCAGUCGCAAGAUGAAGAAGAGGAUAUUUGGCGUGUGCUAACGACAAAAAUAAAUACAAAAUGUCGCGGAGUGAAGCGAUUGCUAAAGCGAAAGAUUAUAUACGGAGAAGCUCUUUAUGAUGAUGAGAAAGGUGCAAGCACAAAAAGGAUGCAAGCAAACUAAUUCUAGAAAAGGAGAGAAAGGGAAAGAAAAAUUAACCCCAUGAGAAGAUUCGCAUGCCCAAUGUCUUGAAUAUUAAAAAUUAUUUAUAAAUGGCAGCGUUGAGAAGUUAAAAAUGGUGGUAAUUGCUUAAAAUGUACCUGACAACUUAAUUUUCCUGUUUCCGUUCUUUAAAGUAGUGAAAAAAUAGAAAAUCCAUUUUUAUGCAUUUUCUGCUUAAAAUUUCCAUCGUAUUGUUUCUUUUAAAAUAUCAAAAUAUUCUACUUAAAUGGCGGAAAGUACUGGUAGUUUGCUUAAAAAUGACAAUAAAUAAAGUUGUUUUAUAUUGCGA